AUGAGAGGGCCGGAGUCGGGUCCCGAACCUACGAUGGAAGGGGACGUGUUGGACACCUUGGAGGCGCUGGGGUACAAGGGACCACUGUUAGAAGAGCAAGCCCUUACCAAGGCAGCAGAGGGUGGACUGUCUUCGCCUGAAUUUUCAGAGCUCUGUGUUUGGUUAGGCUCUCAGAUAAAAUCAUUGUGCAACUUGGAAGAAAGUAUCACUUCAGCUGGGAGAGAUGAUCUAGAAAGCUUCCAGCUUGAGAUAAGUGGGUUUUUAAAAGAAAUGGCAUGUCCGUAUUCUGUACUCAUAUCAGGAGAUAUUAAGGACCGUUUAAAAAAGAAGGAUGACUGUUUGAAGCUUCUAUUGUUUUUAAGUACAGAGCUUCAAGCUUUACAGAUACUACAGAAUAAGAAACGUAAAAAUUCUCAAUUAGAUAAAAACAGUGAAAUUUAUCAAGAAGUUGAAGCUAUCUGUGAUACUCUUGGUGUACCCAAGUCAGCAACUUCUGACAUUCCGCUUAUGCUAAACCAAGUGGAAUCAAAGGUGAAGGAUAUUCUCUCAAAAGUCCAGAAAAAUCAUGUGGGAAAACCACUGCUGAAAAUUGAUUUAAAUCUGGAACAGGCGGAACAACUAGAAAGAAUCAAUGAAGCUCUUUCCUGUGAAUAUGAAUGCCGCCGGCGGAUGUUGAUGAAACGAUUAGAUGUGACAGUGCAGUCCUUUGGUUGGUCUGAUAGAGCAAAGGUAAAAACAGAUGACAUAGCAAGAAUUUACCAGCCGAAGCGUUAUGCUCUAUCACCGAAGACAACGAUUACAUUGGCACAUCUACUUGCUGCUCGUGAAGAUCUAUCCAAGAUCAUUAGAACAAGUAGCGGCUCCAGCCGAGAGAAGACGGCAUGUGCCAUUAAUAAGGUUGGGUUUUCUUUUCAGUGCAAUGGAGAAUGA